AUGGCUGCCACAACUCUCAAGCAGGCUGAUCAGCCUGGACAGUUCGAUCUAGUUUCCUUGGCAAGAAGAGUGGGGGAGAUUUUUGAGCACACCCAACUGGUUCAGAAACAUGUGAAGCAGGGGCUCACUGUUGACUUGGAAGGCAGAGAACAUUGCUGCAAUGACUUGGUGUCCCCGUGCUGCCUCUGCCUCAUCUCUAAUUUAUCUGAAUGCACAGCCCACAGGCACAUGCCCAACUGCUCUGAUAUGUGGUUCUACCAGAAGAACUGAGCCCAGGAUUGAAUGUGCAAUGAUCUGCAGUGCCCCAAGGGCCUGGCUCUGGCCUCCUCUGAGCACAUCCUAAAACUCAUCUAUGGGAGUGGCUUCAACUUGCCUUGUGGGGUUGGCCACCAUGCAAUGCCCAGUGUGUAUUCCCUCCCCUUGCUCAGGCUGGUCUCCACAGAGUUGGAGGCCACAACAACUGUCACCCACCACAUACUGACCACCUGUCACAUACUCAUGCAAUGGGGCCAGUUUUUAGACUAUGAUUUGGACUAUACGGUUUGGUUAAACAUAGCUUGCUUUUCUGAUGGGCAACUGUGCAGCUCUGCAUGUACCAAUGACACUCUUUGCUUUCCAAAUGUCCUUCUUCACAUCGACCCUCAGAGAACCCAUGCACCACGCAUGUUUUUUGUACGUUCCAGCCUUGUGUGUGGUGGUGCAAUGACCUCCUUGGUGAUGAACUCAUAUGCCUCAGAACAGAUUAACCAGCUCAUGGCAUAUAUCGGUGUUUCUAAUAUUUACUGGAGCUCAGAGCAUGAAUCUAAAGUUCUCAGAGAAACACUCAGAGGACUCCUGAGGAUAGGCUUACCUUGGGCCCCUUUGGGAAAGUACUUACUGUCUUUUUCUACAGACCCACCCACCAAGUACAUAAGACACGAGCAGGACAGCCACAUCCUGUUUUCUGGCCGGGACCACAGGACUCUCAUAACCAUGCAUGUGCUGUGGUUCUGGGAACAUUACAGGGUAGCUUCUUGAACCCUCACUGGGAUUGAGACCCUUUACCACAAAUCCAGGAAAAUAGGUGCUGAGCUGUAGCACAUCACCUACAGCUACUGGCUACCCAAGAUACUGAGGGAACCCAGCAGGCAGAUGCUGAGGGAUUAUCAGGGUUGCAACUCCAAUGUGAAUGCAGAUAUCAUUAACUCUUUCACCACCGCAGCCUUCAGAUUUAGCCACAAUUAACCAAUCCUUAUUCUUUACCAACUGAAUGACAUCUUUGGUGAAACCAAAGACCAUCUUUCACUCCACAAAGCUUUCUUGACACCAUCCAGAAUAAUCAAGGAAAGGGAGAUAGAUCUACAUCUUUGGGAGAUCUCUGUUAUAGCCACUAAGUAACAGGUGCCUUCUCAACUUCUCAGCCUGGACCUGACUGAGCAGCUGUUCUCCACAGUCCAUUCUGUGGCCCUGGAUUUGGCUGCCACCAACACUCAAAGGGGACAAGACCGUGGGAUCCCUCCAUAUGUUGACAUCAGAGUUUUCUGCAAUGCGUCUUCUGUUGAAAAUUUUGAAGAUCUUCAAAAUGAAAUAAACUCAGAAAUUAUACAAAAACUGAAAAUGCUGUGUGGAGUUCCAGGCAACGUUGACUUCUGCCUGGCACUCAUGGUUGAAGACCUGGUCCCUGGUAUGAGAGUGGCUCCAACCAUGUGCUUGUUUGUGACCUAGUUUCCAUGACUAAGAGAAGAAAAUAGAUUUGGGUAUGAAAAGCCCUGGAGUGUUUACCCCAUCACAACUUAGCUGAAACAGGCAUCACUAGGCCAUGUGCUUUGUGACAAUGGUCACAACAUUCAGCAAGCCCAUACGGAUGUCUUCAUGAAGGCAGAAUACCUGCAGUAUUAUGUAAGUUGUAGUGAGAUACCAAAAGUUUAUUUGUGAGUGUGGCAAGACUGCUAUGAAGGUCAUUGA